AUGGAGAGAGAGUGCAUGGAAGAAGGGAGGCCAACGACUACACGGCCUUUACUGCUUGAUGAUGGAAAUCCCAUCGGGAAUGGUAUUGGCAGCACGGAAAAGAAUGAUUCCCCCAUCACUCCCAUUCUUGUCCUCAGCACCUUCGUUGCUGUCUGUGGCUCUUUCUGUUACGGGCUCUCUGUGGGCUAUUCAUCAACGGCUGAAUCUGGAAUCAGGGAAGACUUGGGCCUUUCAGUGGCAGCAUACUCAGUUUUUGGUUCCAUAAUGACAAUUGGAGCAAUGAUCGGUGCAAUUUCAAGUGGGAAGGUUGCAGAUUAUAUUGGCCGUAAACGAGAUGCCUGGUGGUUGGAUAUUGGAAGAAUAUCCAUCGGAUUUGCAGUUGGUCUUAUUACUUAUGUGGUGCCAGUAUAUAUCGCAGAAAUAUCACCCAAGAAUCACAGGGGAGGAUUUACAUCAGGUCAUCAGUUGAUGCUGAGUUUGGGCUUCGCACUGGUAUAUUUCCUUGGAAAUAUUAUUUCUUGGCGUCCUUUAUCUCUAGUAGCUGUUAUUCCAUGUAUAUUGCAACUUGUGGGCUUAUUCUUCAUUCCAGAGUCACCUAGAUGGCUGGCAAAACGUGAUUGCGAGAAAGAGUUUGAGACUACUUUGCAAUGGCUUAGAGGAGUGAAUGUUGAUAUUUCUCAAGAAGCCAAUGAUAUCAGAGAUACUAUAGAUACCUCUCAAUACGACUCAAAAUCUAAAGUUCUAGACUUAUUUCAGAGGAAAUAUGCUUAUCCAAUUGUUGUUGGAGUUGGGCUGAUGUUAUUGCAACAAUUUGGAGGAGCUAGUGCGGUGGCAUAUUAUUCUACCACUAUUUAUGAUAAAGCUAGUCCCGGCAUCUAUUGCAGGGGUACUCUUGCUGGACAGAUCUGGAAGAAGAACACUUCUUUCGGGUUGUCAUUCCUCUUGCAGGAACUACACUAUUUGAAAGAGCUAACUCCGAUUUUGGCAUUUAUUGGCACAGUGGGUUAUGGCGUUACUUUUGCCCUAGGCAUGUCAGGAAUACCAUGGGUUAUAAUGUCAGAGAUAUUUCCCGUAAAUGUGAAAGCCUCAGCUGGAAGUUUAGUGACUUUAGUCAAUUGGUCCGGAUCUUGGGUUGUGACAUACACAUUCAAUUUUAUGAUGGAAUGGAGCUCUACAGGUACAUUUUUUAUCUUCUCCGGUAUGUGUGGUUUCACCGUCUUGUUCGUCUGGAAGUUGGUGCCGGAGACUAAAGGACGGACGUUGGAAGAAAUACAGGCAGCAGUCACUCGUUUUCCGCACGAGGUCUCCUAA